AUGCCCUAUGAGAUCUGCGUGAAAAGCCGGCAACAGAGAAUCUUGCUACUGACAGUCGAGGAGACCGACAAGAUCCGUGAUCUGAAGCAGGACGUCAAGGCCAAGGUGGAAGAAGAUGAACCCUUGUACUUCAAUGGGCUGGAGCUGGCUGACGAGGAAGCAACUCUCUUAGAAUACAACAUUGUACCAGACGAGUGCCCUGGAGGUCCAGUCCUGCACCUGGGCGGUUGCACGACCUUUGACAUCGAGUGCGAGCUCCCUACCGGACGACAGCUAAAGGAGCAUGUCACCAACGACACCACAGUUGCGCAGCUGAAGGGCCGCAUCACUUCGGAGGCCGGCAUCCCAUAUUUGUGUAUGAAGCUCCUGGAUGGCAACCUCGAGCUCCGCGACCCCGUGCCGCUGCGGCACUAUGGGCUGGCCGGACGGACCGUGCGGGUCCUGACCCGCCAGCUUUAUGCCGGCCCGGCUGCAUAG